UGUCUGUAAUCUGAAUUCUGAUGGAAAAUUGCGGAGCGCGGCUUGAGGACAAUACGGUUGACUUAUGUCGAUUAUAAGUGUACAUUAAAAUAAAUAUAAAAAUAAAAUUUAAAUGUUUUAUAUAAUAUUAUCUAAAUAUGACUCAUUAUUACACAACAACUUGUAAAGUGUGUUGAGGCUGGCAGUGUUUGUGAGGUUAUAUUUGUUUUCUAGGAUUUAUAAACGUGUUUGUAAUUAAAAAUGGAUUCAGGACCAGCUCAAGAAGUAACUGAGCUAUUACGGCAAUGGGAGGAACAACACACGACUCCUACGUAUGACCCAAUACCAACAUUAACAAGAAUAGCAGAAAUAAUAGAAGCGGAGACAGAGAAUUUCAUGAAGAAGGAUCCGGACCCGUUCGACGAGAGACACCCGUCGCGGACGGACCCUGAGUGCGCCUUGGGACACGCGCUCAAAGUUAUGUUUAAGAAGGACAAUUUUAUGACUAAGCUCGUCAACGACUACGUACGAGACACGUACUAUUCCCGUCAGAAUAUAACAGGUCGAGAUGUUCAUAAACUGAAUGUAGCGGCUUGCAGAUUGACGCUCGGUUUGAUGCCCGGCCUCGAGAUGAGUGUUGUGUUUCAGGAUAACGAAGCGCUAAUCCAUCGUCUAGUGAACUGGGCGACGAAUUCACCGGAGCCGCUACAAUGCUACGCGACGGGUUUGCUCGCUGCGGCCAUGGAGGUGCAGGAGAUUGCUACUAAUUUUAGAGAUCUGAAUGCAAUGCUCGUACCGCUCAUGUUAAAGAGACUCCACGAGUUAAGAAACAAAACGCAAGAUGAAAAGCCAAACCACGUGACGCCGCCGAAUCAAACGAGGCAUUUUGCGCGUUUCGAUAAAAGGAGGAAUCACGAUUAUAAGAGUAACGGUCCUGUUAAUGAAAAGACAGAUCACGCGAAAGACGAUGGGGGAGGGGGGGACAUGGAUAUCGACGUCACACCACACACUCCCGUCAAAGAUCCCGAAACGCCCGUCAAGAGUUAUAAUAAUGUAGUAUGGUCGCCGCCCGGCAGCGCUUGCAGACCACAAAUACAUGAAACGUCAUCAAAUUCUAGUUGGGUCGAAAUGGAGACAUAUGUUAUUGGAAACAUACAAAUACAUCCACCUACAGACGCAACAAAACAAAUGCUCAUAUUGAGGUAUUUAACACCAAUGGGAGAAUAUCAAGAGUUUCUAUCGCACGUGUUCGAGAAAGAUGCACUAGGACUGAUCUUAGGCUAUCUAAAUGUGAGGGAGUCCAAAGAUUCAAGAUUGGCGUUCGAAGCGUUGAAGUAUUUAGCGGCUCUGCUGUGUCAUAAGAAGUUCUCGAUAGAUUUUAUUAAUAUGGGCGGUUUGCAGAAAUUCCUUGAAGUACCAAGACCAUCGGUGGCCGCUACGGGCGUGUCCAUAUGUCUCUACUAUUUGGCAUAUUGUGAAGAUGCUAUGGAAAGAGUGUGUCUAUUGCCAAGGAGGACGUUGGGUGAUUUAGUGCGAUACGCACUAUGGCUGCUAGAGUGCUCUCACGAUUCUGGCCGGUGUCACGCGACCAUGUUCUUUGGCCUGUCGUUCCAAUUUAGAGUUAUUUUGGAGGAGUUUGACAAUCAGGACGGUCUCCGAAAACUGUACAACGUGAUAUCCACCUUGCCGAUCCUCGGGUCUGAUGAUGAGGAGCUCCGGGUGUCUGAUGAUGAGACGUGUGCUGCGAGACAGAUUGUGAGGCACGUGUGUGUCGCUUUACGGAGGUACUUCGAAGCGCACUUAAGGAUAAGAGCGGCGCAAGUUGCGAGACAGCAAGGUGAUACUGUGCCCGAACCGCCGCCUUAUAAGGCGUCAAAAUCGUCCCCCGAAGAGAUCCAAGAGCAGAUCGAGCUCGUGCAGCACGCGGCGUGUGCUCGCUGGCCGCCCGCAGACGAGCUGCUCGCGCUCGGCGGAGUUACGCUGCUGCUGCAGGUCGUGGGCUACGCGUAUGACUGGAACUUCAACGGCCGAGCCGAGACGGUCCGCUCGGCGCUGGACGUGGUGGCUAUAUGCUGCGUGGCGCCGCGCGUGCAGCUGCUGCUCACCGAGCGGCUCGACAUGCGCGACACCGAGCUCACCACCGGCGUGCACAUCGUGCUCGGUGCAGCGGACGGUGAUAUAGUGGUGGAACCGGAAGUGCAAAAGGCGGCAUUAAACGUGCUGGUCAACUGUGUGUGCGCACCUUUACACCGGUCCGGAGUAUCGACGGCUCGGUUUUCACUUACCGGGUCAACAAAGAAGAAAGCGGCGGUCAAAUCGUACGAGGACGUGAUACAAAAAGUUUGGGAGAGCGUGCGAACAAAUAAUGGAAUAAUGGUGUUACUAUCGCUAAUGAUGGUCAAAUCGCCGAUAACAGACGCGGACCGUAUACGAGGGCUCGCCUGUAGAGCGCUAGCCGGUCUAGCGCGAUGUCCGACCGUUCGGCAGAUCAUAUCCAAGCUGCCGCUGUUCACAACUUCGCAGAUACAGGUGUUAAUGCGCGAUCCGAUACUACAAGAGAAGCGACAAGAGCACGUGAUGUUCCAAAAGUACGCGCUUGAGUUACUGGAGCGUGUCUCCGGCAAGAGCAAACACAAGGGCGCCGAGUUUGAGACGUCGCUCGCUAAUAUACACCGGGCGAACGUGGUAGCGCAAACGCGUAUCAACUACAACGAGCGGCAAUUACUCCAACUGGUUGCCCGCCAUCUUGCGGCGCGGGGCUUACACGAGAGUGCGGCAACUUUGCAAAGGGAAGCGGCGUUGCCUCCCCCCGGCCCCCCGCCCGCCCCCACACACCCGCACCCCCCGCCUGUGUACGCGCCCGCUACACCUGCCAGGCCCCGUCUGUCCGUGUCGCGUACGAGUAGCGCAAGUCUACUGAGAGAGAGUAUGGACUUGAACCAUUCUACACACGAGGAGAAUAGUCCAUUACCGCCUGUUAUUAAAUUAAGAAAGGUCCAAACGACCCCGCACCCGCCGACCCCCACGGCGGAGAAGCGCUCCCUGCAGAAGCAGUUCAGCGCGGGGGCUGACCGACCCCCGUCACCCCCGAGGGUCACGCUGCACUCCAUCAUCACGGAGUACCUGUACAACCAGCACGCGCUCUGCAAGAACCCCGUGGUCACCUGCCCCCAGUUCAACUUGUUCGAACCACACGCGUGUCCAUCCCCACGUUCCGGUGGCUUACUAUCUCCCACGGAACCUAGAAACGUAUGCGCUCGAGUAGUGCGUCGAGAACUCGGCGGUGCGUCGUCAAGGCGACAGCACGCAGCGCUCGCACACGCGCACUUCGCCGCGGCGCGCACGCUGCGCCUGCAGGACGACGACGCGUACUUCACGCACACCAUGUUCCACCCGACACAACAACAAUUGCUAGCGGCGACGUCAUCAGGCGAUAUAAGAAUAUUCAACUUGUUCAGCGGUGUCGAAGAGAAUUCGUAUCAAGUGCACGAAUCUUACAUAUAUCAUAUGCAGGCAAGCAGAGACGGGUUAUUACUACUAGCUUCUUCGUCAACGACGUGGCGGACGCUAUCAGCGUUGUGGAAUAUGAAGGAGUUUGAACAAUUAUUCCAACUAGACAAUGAAGAAUAUGUGGAAUUCUCCAAAAUGUCGGAUGAUCGGAUAAUCGGCACUAAGGGUGAAACGGCGACCAUCUUUGAUACACGCACCGGAAGGGAGCUACUCACUUUGAGUCCGUCUAUAAGUAAUCAGUAUGCUAAGAACCGGGCGUGUUUCAAUCCUACCGAUGAAUUGGUUUUAUCAGACGGCGUCCUCUGGGAUGUGAAUACAGGCAAAGAAAUACACAAGUUCGACAAAUUGAACCAAACGCACAGCGGCGUGUUUCAUCCUAAUGGAUUAGAGGUCAUAUCAAAUACGGAAGUGUGGGAUUUGAGAACGUUCCACUUAUUACGAACUGUACCAGCUUUGGACAAAUCUGAAGUAAUAUUCAACCCGGCAUGCACAGCGCUAUACGCAGUGUGUUCAGAUCAAGACUCGGAGGAUAGGAGUCAAUUCGACACUAGUUUUAAGACGUUGGACGCGUACGACUACUCUAGUAUAGCGACCAUAGACGUGAAACGCAACAUAUACUCGCUGAGUGUAUCCCGGUACGGCACUCAAAUAUCCGUCGUCGAGAAUUUGGGUGACUUCGAGCAAGUACAGGAGUCCUGUGUCAAGAUAUACGAUGUUGGCAGGAAGAGGGAUCACGAUGAUGACGCGGAGGAAGAUGAUGAAGAGGAGCUAGCCGGAGGAUCGGAGAACGACGACGGAUCGGACUCCGGGUCCGACAAUGAUGACGAUUUAGCGUCAAGCCUUUUGCGCAAUGCUGUAAUGGGGCUCGCGGGCGGGGACAGCUCCGGGGACAGCUCGCGGGACGAGCCGCACAGACCCGGGAGACGACGGCGGCGCAGGCAAGCGGAUAACCACAGCAGUGAUAGUGACGGCGAUAUUGACCUCGGCGAUAUUAUUGAGUUCGAACUGGAGUAGACCAAUAAAUGUGUUUAUACUAACAUGUCUUUUAUUUUAUUUAUACCAUGUAGUGGCAAUAAAGUUUUAUAAAGUU